GCCCAGAUAAAUGAGUAAUUUAUUUAAAAGUGGUGUCGUCGUCGCGAUGGAAAGACCUCUGUUAUCGUAACCGGCAAGAUGCGAUGCGAGCGCGUAGUAUGCGCCCGCGUUCGUAAGUAUUACCGCGCGUCACUUUACAAACACAGUUUUACAGUCCGGGUUUUUGGAAACGACUCCAACUUAUUCGCGUCGUGGCUCACGGGUAGAGCGGACCGAAGUGAAAUUUAACAUAAAAAAUUAAGAUGUCGAGCACGGACAUAAUUUACAGUGUCAGCGAUCUUACGAACUCAAACAUUCUUCUCACAAACCAUUGUAAGAAAAGAUCAUGGAUAGAAAGACCGAAAAGAAUACUAAAACACAUCAAAUAUUUCUUCAAAGAGACCACGGUGGAACCAUGCUUGUUUCUCUAUAUGAUGUGCACAUCUUUAUCGUCGAUGGCAGUACAGAAUAUGCACUUAGAAAAAUCUUGUAGAGUACACUACGAUUUCGGAGACGAUAUUUGCGAUCGUAUUAGAGACUUAAACACUACCGGCUUAGAAUCGGAAUUGAGUCAAGUUCAAACUUUAGUAGCAAAAGUAAUGGCAUGGAAGUUCCCGCUUCAAACAGGCAUCCCGGCGGUUUUAGUCUUGUUCGUUGGAGCGUGGAGCGAUAAAUACAAGAAACGCAAAAUAUGUAUACUGUUCCCGUUCUUAGGGGAAAUCCUUACGAAUAUAGGGCUACUUUUUGCUACGUACUACUUCAGAGAAUUAUCGCUACAGGCUACGGCGCUUAUAGAAGCUUUACCCGCUGCAUUCACGGGGAGCUACAUUAUAAUAUUUAUGGGAAUGUACAGUUUUAUGUCGGAUAGAACUACAAUAGAAAAUAGAACUUUUCGUUUAGGUAUCGUGACAAUAUUUGUCAGCUUCGGCACACCUACUGGAACUGCAUUAAGCGGAGUUUUGUUACGUGCCCUCGGUUAUUAUGGUAUAUUUACAUUACUUCUAUUUCUACAUAUCUGUUCGUUUUUAUAUGGCGUAAUUAGACUUGAAGAUGUUGCGGUGGAGAACAAUAAUAUACCCAGAGACAAUGAAAACAGAAAUAAAUGUGAGAAAUUAUUUAUGGAUGUGUUUGGACUAGUAGGUAAUACAGUUCUGGUAGCUUUGAAACCUCGAGCUUACAGUGGAAGAGUGCAAAUAUUUAUUGUCAUCGCUUUAUAUUUAAUUAUGGUCGGACCACUUUAUGGUGACUCGCAAGUGAGUUAUUUGUACGCGAGACGCAAGUUUCAACUAAAUGAGGUGGAGUACAGUAUCUAUGGAACUGCAAACAUCCUCCUUGGUUUGAUAGGUACAGUCUUCUGCAUCUCCGUUCUCAGCAAGAAACUCCGAGUGCAGGAUAGUGCUAUUGGUAUUGUGGCGGGUGUGAGCAGGAUAGCUGCCUGUUUCGUUUUCACAUUUGCACCAUCAAGACCCUGGUAUUACUCAGCACCAAUCUUUAACAUAUUCAGUCACACUGGCUUGACUGCUGUCAGAUCAAUAGCUACUAAGUGUGUACCAACGGAAGAAGUCGCUAAGCUUGGUGCAUUACUGGGCGUGACAGAAGCCCUUGCCCCAUCGAUCUACAUGCCAGCAUCAAGUUACAUUUACGUUUCAACAAUUGACACUUUACCGGGUGCAUUCUACUUAUUCGACGCCUCACUUACGGUGUUCGCACUUGGAUUAUUUACAUUCAUGUACAUAUUAGUGAGGAGAAGACAGAAAUCUUCGGUCUCAGAUACGGAGAAGAAAGAAGAGUAUGCGAGAACGAAUGAAGUUUCAAGAUUUUGAAUGAGCAAUUUGAAAUUAUCAUUGGAAUUGCGUUCCGAUGAUUUUCAAGUGUUAAUCUAUUAGAUGUAUUUUCUAUUUGAUCUUAUUAUCAGCUGUUGUUGUAUAUUAUUCGUUCAUUUAAUUGUAAGUCAAUAUUACUUUAGUGAUGAUAGCCUUUAAACCUUUGAAAUUUCCCAACACUUAUUCUGACCUCGAA